AUGUCAGACCAAUCAUACGACAAUCUUCCCCGCGCUGCCUCAGAAUCCUCGGACGAUCUCGACUCCCUACCCUCGACCUCGGCCAGCACAACCUCCAUCUCGCCCUCGGAAGAAGAAUGGCAGUCCGACGCUGAAAGAGAAUGGAAAGAGUCAUUACAACAGCUCGAGCUGCUUCUCACAAUGGUCCUUGUGCCCUACUUGGGCAAAUACUUCGGCCGUAAAGCCGCUUAUUGGGGUGAGUUUGGGACACUCAGAAUAUGCAGAAGAUGGACUUUGUUGACAUGCAACGAACAACAGNGAUGGACCAAAUACAUGGAAUGGAAAUACCCAGUACACAUCGAAAUCACGAAUCCCGGCCUCUUCAAGGGUAUUGGUGCCGUCGAGGCCGCUGCCUCUCUGUGA